AUGCAGUCGAGAGUGGCGAGUCCUCGAAGCAAAACCCCGAUUGGGAGACACUCAGACACCGUCAACUGUAGAGCACCGGUUCAAUUGAAGCUGAUCAGAGAAAGCAUUGCUCUUGGCACUGACCUUACUCGCCUCAUUUCUGGCAAUCCAAAGUUCUUAACACUUAGCUUAGAGAAUAAUCUCAGACCCUGUUAUGAUAUCAUCAAAGCUUUACCUAUCCCGGACACAAUGGCGGGUCUUGUUCUGUCGAAAUUGUUUCAGGGGUUCACUGUCAGCCCGCAGGUACUAAGCAACAUUGCUCCCAAUAUUGCAUUUCUUAAGGCAGUUCAAGUCCCCGAAACCUCGGUCAAUUUGUGUCUGAGCAUUAACCUGUAUGCAGUGUCAAGGGAAACCGACAAGUUUAAGGAGAACGUCGAGAAUGUUAUCAGUAUGGGAAUAAGGCCCUCUGCUCCAACCUUUAUGAAGGCCUUGUAUGUGAUGUCUGUGUUGGAUGAGCUGAAAUGGGUACAAAGGGUGGAAAUUUAUAAGACGGCAUUCAAUUGGACUGAAGAUGAGUUCUUCUUGGCAUUUAGAAGAUAUCCCAUGUUUAUGAGUUUGUCAGAGAAGAACGUUUUUAAUAAAAUGGAUUUUCUUGUCAACAGCAUGUGUUGGAAGUCUGGAUCUGUAGCUGGAUAUCCACAUGUUCUAACUUAUAGUUUGGAGAAGUGGAUUAUACCUAGGUAUUUGGUUCUUAGAGUGCUUCUGUUGAAGGGCUUAAUGACAAAGGAAGUGUUUUCUUUGCCUGGCACACUGAGUUCCAGUAAGAUUUUCUUCUUGGAAAAGUUUGUGAUCAAAUAUCAAAAGCAAGUACCUGAGUUGUUGGAUAUCUUUCAAGGGAAAAUGAGUCUUGCGGACUUGGGGUUGGAAACAGGUGGAGCAACAUAAUUGUAGGAUGAAGCUAUGCUAUUCAAUAUUUUCUUCAAUUUUAUUAUUAAACAUCAGAAGAACCUCUAGUUCAUAAUUUCAUUGUAAGUUGUGUUCUCUGUCCUUUGCUGUCAAAGUAUGUUUUGGACACAAAUUGUAUGUGACAUAUCAAUCUCUAAUACAAUAAAUUUAUAUACCAAUAUAGGUAUAAAUUCAUUU